AUGCAGAGCCUGCUCCUGACUGUCACGCUGUUUGUCCUGGUGGCUGUCCUUCAGGCCCAGGAUGACCUGCCCCUCCUCUCAGAAGACAAGAACUUCUCAGGGAUAUGGUACUUGAAGGCCACAGUGAAGGACCUGAACAGCACAGAGGGGAAGAGCCCGAAGGAAGAAUUCCCUUUUGCAGUGAGAACCCUGGAGAAUGGAAACAUGGAGGUCAUGGUUGUUUCCAUGUAUAAUGGUGAGUGCCUGCAGAUUGACAUCCUGUUGGAGAAAACAGAGAAGCCUGGCCAGUACAGUGCCUUUUGGGGCAUAGAUCUCAUGUACAUCUAUGAGCUGCCAGUGAUGGACCACUACAUCUUCUACAGUGAAUGCCAGAUCUCUGAGCAGAAAGUCUAUGCGGGAGAGCUCAUCGGGAAGGAUCCCACAGAAAAUCACGAGGCCCUAGAAGAGUUCAAGAAAUUCGUACAGCAAAAGGGCUUUCUACCUGAAGAUAUCAUUGUGCCUGAGCAGAGAGCUGCCCUUCAGAAGUGCAAACCCUAA